UGCUCUGCAGAUGAUCACUCCAGGGUGAAGAUGAAGGCGGAGAACAACCCCUCCAGGACCGACUACAUCAACGCCAGCACCAUAAUUGAGCAUGACCCCCGGAUGCCAACGUACAUCGCCACCCAAGGACCCCUGUCUCACACCAUCGCCGACUUCUGGCAGAUGGUUUGGGAGAAUGGCUGCACGGUGAUAGUGAUGAUGACAGCCCUGGUUGAGGAUGGAGAGAAACAGUGUGAUCGUUACUGGCCUGACGAGGGAUCCUCCCUAUACCACAUCUAUGAGGUGAACCUGGUUUCGGAGCACAUCUGGUGCAAUGACUUCCUGGUUCGUAGUUUCUACCUGAAGAACGUCCAGACCCAGGAGACCCGCACACUCACCCAGUUCCACUUCCUCAGCUGGCCUGCCCAGGGUAUCCCCACCUCCACACGCACCCUACUGGACUUCCGCAGGUACCGCAUGGACAUUGAAGCAGGGUUGUGUUUACUAG